CCAUGUUAGUCAGGCUGGUCUCAAACUCCCAACCUCAGGUGAUCCGCCUGCCUAGGCCUCCCAAAGUGCUAGGAUUACAGGCAUGAGUCACCGUGCCCAGCCCAUGUUUUAUUUGUUUUUAGUGAGUCAACCUCUUUGCAUUCUGAGAUUCCUUGUGGCAGCUGCCUAUGGCCUGUUUCUAGAUAUAUAUAUUUUCAUUUGCUUUUUCCUUUUCUCUCUGCCCUUUAAACAGAGUGUUUUCUGCCUACAUUAAAGAAGUGGAUGAAAAGCCAGCCAGCACGCCCUGGGGCAGCAAGAUGCCUUUUGGGCAGCUGAUGUCAGAGUUUGGUGGCAGUGGCACUGGUGGCUGGGUCCACGGGGUCAGCUUCUCUGCCAGUGGGAGCCGCCUGGCCUGGGUCAGCCACGACAGCACUGUGUCUGUUGCUGAUGCCUCAAAAAGUGUGCAGGUCUCAACUCUGAAGACGGAGUUCCUGCCGCUCCUGAGUGUGUCAUUUGUCUCAGAGAACAGCGUCGUGGCUGCUGGCCAUGACUGCUGCCCAAUGCUCUUCAACUACGAUGACCGCGGCUGCCUGACCUUCGUCUCCAAGUUAGACAUUCCAAAACAGAGCAUCCAGCGCAACAUGUCUGCCAUGGAACGCUUCCGCAACAUGGACAAGAGAGCCACGACUGAGGACCGCAACACGGCCUUGGAGACGCUGCACCAGAAUAGCAUCACUCAAGUCUCUAUUUAUGAGGUGGACAAGCAAGACUGUCGCAAAUUUUGCACUACUGGCAUCGAUGGAGCCAUGACAAUUUGGGAUUUCAAGACCCUCGAGUCUUCCAUCCAGGGCCUCCGGAUAAUGUGAAGCUGAGUGAGCCUCCGCCAUCCAGCAUGACAAACUGUGGCCGACCGCAGCUGUGCCAUGGCACGAUGGCGAGGAAGCCAGCCCCAAGGAAACACUGAAAACAUAUCACGCCAAUGCCGUGUGGUUUUGUUUGAAUAUAAAAUUGGUGAAAGUGUUGGUUUUUUAAAAGCAGUAAUUUUUUUGUUUUUGUUUUUUUGCGAUUUCAUUCCAUUCUUGACCAAAGCUUCUCUUUAAGUAGUUUAUUAUGGAAAACUGUCACACUAACUUAAAAGACAGGGUGAGGGAGAUAUGUAAAUUGUCCACUAGAAAAUUAAAUAAAGGAACUGAAUGUGGU